AGCGUUUUGGCUCAGCAUCUGUGCUCAUUCCUCGUGCCGCAUUGCACGUAGAUUGGAGCAUCCGAUGAUGUCGAUUCCGAUGGAUAGCCGGCUGGACCUCUUGGAAAUGGAGCUGGCACAGUUGAAGGGCCGCCAGGGUCCAGCAACUUCGAUGAAUGGCUUCCCCGGGGCCAUGCCUUUCAUGAUGGGCCCCAUGUACAACAUGAUGCAGCAGCAGCCCAAGCAGCUGGCUGCUCCGAAGGGGGAGAACGAGGUUGAGGACCCGCCGAACAAGAAUAACGACGAGUACAAGGCCCAGAUGCAGGUCCUGCACCAUGACCUCAUGCUGGCCCACACCGCCCUCCAGAAGCAGCAUGCCGAUCUCAUGGCUGCCCACGCGCAGCUUCUGAAAGCUAUCCAGGACGGUGCCAUCGGCGGGGGUGGCGGCGGAGGCGGUGGUGGUGGUGGUGCCAAGAAGCAAAGGCACCCGGCCCUGGGCGUGGUGCGCCUGGACUAUGACUACCCCGCCGCCCCAGGGGACUCAGAUCACCCAGGAAGCUUUGGCUAUGACGUCUUCUACCGCUGCGUGCCUGGCUUGACCUUUGAAAUGUGCCAGUCUGGGAAGUUCACGGAGGAGGUGGAGCGCCGCUUCGCGGAUGCCAUCAAACACUUGGAGGCCCGCGGAGUGUCCGCAAUCACCGGAGACUGCGGCUUCAUGAUGUCCUUCCAAGUCCUUGCGAGGAAGAUUGCCAGCAAGCCAACCUUCAUGUCCUCCAUGGUGCAGUGCCCCAUCAUCGCCGCCUCUUUGGACGACGGAGACCACAUCCUGAUCCUCACCGCCAACGACCUCUCACUGAAGCCUCAGAAGGAGAUCCUUCUGAACAGCUGCGGCUUUGAUGUGAACGAGGACCGCUUCUUGAUCCAGGGCUGUCAGGACGUGCCCGGCUUUGAGGCCGUCGCCCUGGGCGAGAAGGUGCCGCUGGACAAGGUGCAGCCGGGGAUCGUCAAGCUGGUGGAGGAGCUCAUUCACAGGGAGCCGCGGAUCCGGGCGAUCCUGUUGGAAUGCACCGAGCUGCCGGCGUAUGCGGACGCGCUGCGGUACCACACAGGGCUUCCGGUGUGGGAUGCCAUUACGGCUGCGGACUUCUACGUGUCCGCCUUCAAGGACAACCACCGCUUCGGCCAGAACGAUUGGCAGAAAGAGUGGGAUGGCCACCAGGAGGACUACGAGCUGGGGAUGAACCUCACCAAGGAUGAAGAGGCCCUCCUGCUGCGAAAGAAAGAGGCUCAGAAGGAGAAGAAGUCAGUGGCCCUGGUGAAGAAGAAGAAGCUCGAGAAGAUCCAGAGAAAAGUACGUAAGCAGCAGCAUCCGAUGCUGGGGGUCAUCCGCCUGGAUUACAACUACCCGCCCGCGGCCGGGGACAUCGACUGCCCGGGGAGCUACGAUUACGACGUGCUCUUCCGUGUGAUUCCUGGCUUCACCUUCGCGAUGGCGCAGGAAGGCAAGAUGACGGAAGACGUCGAGAAGGAGUUCAUUGACGGCAUCAAGUGGCUGGAGCGCAAAGGCGUGUCCGGCAUCACCGGGGACUGCGGCUUCAUGAUGGCUUUCCAGCCAUUGGCCUGCAAGAUCGCCACGGUGCCGGUCUUCAUGAGCUCGAUGAUGCAGUGCCCGAUGAUCUCCCUGGCCUUUGACAAAUACGACAAGGUGCUGAUUCUGACUGCCAACGACGAGACGCUGAAGCCGCAGAAGCACACCCUGCUGAAGCAAUGCGGCUUUAACGUGGACGACGCCCGCUUCAUGAUCGUGGGCUGCCAGAACGUGCCUGGCUUUGACGCCGUGGCGAAGGGCGAGAAGGUUGACGUUGAGUAUGUGACCCCUGGAAUCGUGUACAUGGUGAAGCAGAUCCUGAAGAAGCACCCCUCCAUCCGCGCCAUUUGCCUGGAGUGCACCGAGCUGCCGCCCUACGCGGACGCCCUGCGCGCCGAGACGGCGCUGCCUGUUUUUGAUGCUAUCACCAACGCCGACUUCUUUAUCGCCAGCCGUAGGGACAAUCCGCGGUUCGGCUUCAACCAGUGGCAGCUGGACUGGGAUGGCGUCCAGGACGCCUACGAGUUCGGGCAGAACCUGACCUGCGCACAAGCGGAGAAGCUCCUCAACUGAUCGCUUGGAUCUGUUGAAUCCGCACCUUGCAUGAAGGCAAGGGGAAUGCGGAAGUACCUUUAACAUGCCCAAGGACCAUUGCACCUCACAGACGCGCUUCGCAGCGCACAGUGGCUGCAGAUGACCCGGUCGU